UUUUCAAUUCUUCAACCGGAAAAUUUUUGCUGCAUAAAACGUAAACACGAAGGAAACUAUCGAAUCCCUUUUGUUUGUUUUUAUCUUUUUUCAGAAAAUAAUAAAAUGCUAAAAAUGAGAAUUUUGGAAGCAAGAAGGUGGCUUAGUAGAAGCUUCUCGAACAUUCUUCAUUCGGAGCCUUUGCGAGUGUGUGUUGUUGGAAGUGGCCCAGCUGGUUGUUACACUGCUGAGAAGAUGUUGAAAGCGCGUCAAGAAGCACAAGUUGAUAUCAUUGACAGGUUACCUACACCUUUCGGAUUGGUUCGCUCCGGUGUUGCACCCGAUCACCCUGAAACAAAGAUUGUCGUCAACCAAUUUUCAAGGGUGGCGCAACAUGAACGAUGCUCAUUUUUUGGAAAUGUGACCCUUGGAUCCAGCAUAUCUCUUGCUGAACUGCGCAAGCUGUAUCAUGUGGUUGUCCUUGCAUAUGGGGCUGAAAGUGACAGAAGUCUUGGUAUCCCAGGAGAAAACUUAAAAGGGAUACUAUCAGCCAGAGAGUUUGUUUGGUGGUAUAAUGGGCACCCAGAUGGACGAAAUCUUGAUCCAGACCUGAAGAGCACCGAUACAGCUGUAAUUUUUGGACAGGGGAAUGUUGCUUUAGAUGUUGCGCGUAUUCUUUUACGACCUACUACAGAGUUAGCAACUACUGAUAUUGCCAGUCAUGCUUUGGCUACUUUAGAGGAGAGCUCUAUCAGGGUAGUUUAUUUGGUUGGAAGACGUGGUCCAGCCCAAGCAGCUUGUACUGCAAAAGAGCUACGUGAAGUUCUAGGUAUUCAUAAUCUUGAUAUUUCCAUACAGGAAUCUGAUCUACUUUUAACCCCAGCUGAUGAGGAAGAGCUUAAGAACAACCGAAUACACAGAAGAAUUUUUGAGUUGCUAUCCAAGGCAGCUACCUCAAGACCCAGACAUGCUGGUCAACGUCAGCUUCGUUUUGUCUUCUUCCGUAAGCCAGAUAGUUUUCUAGAAUCAAAAGACAGUACUGGCCAUGUUUCUGGUGUGCGCAUUGAGAAGACAGUUCUUAAAGGCGUUGGCCCUGGAAAACAAAUUGCCGUUGGUACUGGAGAAUUUGAAGAUAUAAAAUGCGGGAUGGUGCUUAAGAGCAUUGGUUACAAAUCAGUCCCGGUGGAUGGCCUACCUUUUGAUCAUAAGAAAGGUAUAGUUCCAAAUGAAAGAGGUCGAGUGUUGAGUGACACCUCAGAUACUGCAGUUCUUGAAGAGGGCUUGUAUGUAUGUGGUUGGCUGAAGAGAGGACCAACUGGGAUUGUUGCUACAAACCUAUAUUGUGCUGAAGAAACUGUUUCGAGCAUAUUAGAAGACCUUGAGAAAGGAGUUUUGAUUUCAUCUACGGCUGUACCAAAAUCAGGCAGGGAUGGUCUUCUCAAGCUUUUGCAUGAUAGAAAUGUUAGAAUAGUUUCAUUCAAUGAUUGGGAAAAGAUAGACUCUGAAGAAAGGAGGCUUGGAAGUUUAAGGAACAAGCCCAGGGAAAAACUAGCCACCUGGAACGAACUACUGACAGCUACCUCAAAAGGAAUUGAUAAUUUCAAGCGAUAAAUUAUUUUUAACCUGGUAAACAAACAUCUUAUCAUGCCCCAGGGAAACACUAAAUAAUUGAAAUAAGUCUUUCAAAAUACACACUCAUUGGUGAAGAUAUCUACAAGGAAGUCCCGUUCAAGAGUUCUCUUACUUUUAAAUUGUUCUAAUCUUUGUUGUGAUUCAUGUCGGAAAGAGGCAUGGAUUGUUGGAUUGCAAUACUAAUCAUGCACACAAUAAGUUGUUGAGCAAUGAUAAUUGCAUGCUUAUUGUCUUAUUGAUUGAUACUCUCAAUUGUAUGUGUACUAUUUUGUAUUAAAUAAGCAAUAAUUAUCUUAUUGACAUAUUACAAAGAUAAUUUACAAUAAUUGUAAUUUAUUGUAAAAAAAUGAAAUACUUAUUUCCUCAA